AUGGGCCCCGCCAAGCCAAGAUCGGGCCGGGAUGCCAAUGCUGAGUCUCUUCGCAGUCCGUCUGCCUCUUGGUUUAUCAUGAAACCCGCUGACUUUGAUGACGCAGUAUCCAUACUAAGUGGCACCUCGACAGAACGGUCAAAGGCACUCCAGGAUUUGAUCGAAUUCUUCAGGAAAAGGGCCCAGACACCUAAUCAGCCGAGUUUGGCCAGCGAUGCCUACCAUGGACUUCUCGAGGCUUUGUUUCAGUGCACCCUGACUGAAAAGCAAGGUUACUUUAGGAAAACCACGAAGUCGACAGCAACUACGAAGCUCACCAAAUGUGGGGAGGCUUUGAGGUUGGCUGUGGAACAUGGAGCUCCUAGGAUGAAGCGCAAGAUGGCGCGGGCCAUCAUCGACCACAUCACCCAGACACUUCCGGGCCCAAAUCAAGAUUAUAUCGAGCCCUUGAUGAAGGACUAUCUAAAAGCUUUACUAGCACUGCUUGGACAGCCGGCCAAUGUUGAGCAGCUUGCUGCGUUGGAGGGCGAAGGGUGGAUCACUUGCAUCGACUUUCUGGUUGAUGCCAUAUCCCAGUAUUUGGGAAAUGGCGGUCGCGAUACAGAACUCUCAACCCGCGCAUCGCCAGCCCCAAGCUUUGCCUUGACACCAUCGCUCACUCUGUCCACGGCAAGAUCCAGUAUUCUAUCCACUCAUAGGUCGACCUCGCAGAGCCAGCAGCUUGUCCUACAGGACCUUGUCCAAGGUAUCCUCCUCUUGGUGUCGGCAUCAAACGCUCCUCUCGCCUGCAGAAGCGCGGAUAUCAUGAACACUCUCGUCCAAGUGCUGCAUCUCAAGCAACUCAACCUCAGCUGGCUACAUCGGGCCGCUUUCACCGCCCUGAAUCAUAUCAUCCCAUCUGUGCAAGUCGAGGAGUCUUCUCUGACGAACAGCUUAACUCGAGAUCUUCUCCCUCUUCUCAGCCAUUGGUGGUACCCUUCGUCCUCCGCAACCCAGAGUGAGUCGAUCAACUCGGUACGAGAUCAGAUCCUAUGCGUUCUAUACAGUCUACGUCUGAAUCUAGAAGCUCUCAUUCUCCAAGAUGAAGAUGAAACCCUGGAAAGACACGUGGAAGAUGUCUUGGAUGCCUUGUGGUCAGAGUACUCGAAAAGGGAUGAGCGAACCCGCCUGCAGAUAGGUGACCUAUCAUUCGUUCCAAAUCCCACCAGCCCUUUCCUGACCAAGACCUUUUCGCUUCGACGAUUUGACAUUGGUGCAGAGAGAAGAUGGGGUGUGGUUGAAAUCCUUGCGAUAUUGGACAAUAUUCAUGCUCGAGCCACGAAGAAUCGCCAACAACGACGUCCGGAGGGCGAUGAUCAACCUCGCAAAAGACGCCGUGUCAUUGAGGCAAUCAGCAAAUCUCAUGAGAGCAUCCGCUCAUCAGACUUGGGUGUGCAGUUGACUGGACUUCAGGUUAUCACCUUUCAAGUACAGAAGGUCCCAGAUGAUUGUGCGGAGCUGCUCCCAGACAUGAUGGAGAUGAUCAGCCACAAGCAGGCCAAUAUCUCGUCCUGGGCUAUGAUUGCCUGUGCAUGCUACGGGCAACAAUCGACACAAACUGCUCAGGACAGCGCUACUCUAUGGAAGCAGGUUUGGCAGGUGUCAGUACGGUGCAUGGGUCUUCCGGGAGGCACUCGAGCGGCUUGUCUUGUCUUGCAUACUAUACUGGAUUUUCAGUUAAUCCCCCCCCACUCCAUCAUGGACGACAUCAACAACAUUAUCACAUCAGCCGACACGAGUGGGCCUGCCUCGCUCGUGGACUCGUCUCUCAGUCUUAUGCUGCAUCUUCUUCAUAUGCGCAAUUCCGUCCUGCCCAACGCCAGUCAGGCCACUUGUGGACACAUUGUUCGAUGGAUGUUCUCGAACUGGAAACCAGUUGACGCCAGCUACGCAGCUGUGCACUCCGUCCACGCAAGUCCGGUGGAUAUUGUCAACAUGCUCAUGGCAUGUAUUGGCGACCAGCCUCUAAGUAUUUGCGAAUUAUCUCUCCCCCCUGGUGGUCUAAUAUGCCAGACAUGGGCCAGACAAGCGCAGCUCGAGCCAGUGAUGCGGUAUCUCCUCAUGCUUGAGACGCCCCGGGCAAAUGCGGUCAGAGAUGGUGCAAUGUGCCAAAUUUUCAAGGCAAGCAACCCACUGCAGGCCACUGAUCCAGCCGAUUCCAAUUCAGCAAAGAAAUUAAUCCUGGAGCUAUUGUCUCCUGUGGCGGAGGAAUUUCUCCUUCUGACGGAAAGCUGGGUGCGAAAGGGCACAGAAGCAGCAAGUCAGCUAUCAACAGAACGCUGGCAUGCCUUGGUCUCCUUCUGCAUAACCGCAGCUCUGCUGGUCCCGCAACUGCAAGGCCUGAACUCGUCCAUGUCGAGACAGCUAGAGUCUACGAUGGAUACGUUGUUUGACAAUCUAGCUAGCUCUCUUGUGGACUCUGGGCAAAACCAAGGCUAUCUUGAAACUUGUCUAGGUGCUGUCUCCGUACACAUACCAGCAUUGAACACAUCUUCACUCGAGAGCUGGUUCAGACGCAACACGGCCCUGCAGAAGCUUUUGCAGAAAAUCUCUGCCGCAUUGAAAGAGCGGACACUACGGCAUUCUUCAGCACAGCACCAGGAUGUCAUGGAUCUGGACGAUGAGUUUGAAUCGCAGGCAAGUCAGAAUAGCUCGGCUGCGAAAAGUUCUGACCAUCCACGUCAAGAUCUGCCACUUGCCGUCAACUCGGAAGCAUUCUAUCUCGUCACUGAGCAACGUUUACAUCUCCUCGUAACACUGAAUGAAGAUGAUCAGAUCGGCAUUCUAAGCGGCAUGUUCGUGGACCAGCUACUGUCACUUCCCGAAGAAGACAUCAUCUUAUGCCGUCAUUUCCUCCAAGACAUCUUUGCGUCGGACCUUGUGAUCACCCCUGACGACGCUCUCAAGCUUGUCGAAAGCGCGGGUGGAAUAAUAAGCGAAAACCAGUAUUCGUGCUGCGAAGUAGCAUUGGGGUUAUGCCUUGAUGUGAUGGAAGGACUGAUCAGCCUUUGGACUGAAGAGAAGCUUGAGGUAUACGCAAGAGUGGGCGAUCUCUACACCUAUCUGAUCAAACAAUCUUUACCCAAGAAUAGUCUGUCGCCCAUCGCACAGAUCCGGCUUGGGAGGCUUCUUUACCGGCUUUUAGAGAUCCGACCGGCGUACGGAAACGAUCUUGGGCUGCCUUCAUGUCGAUCUUCGCUGUUGAAACUUCUACAAGAGGGCAAUAUGUUGGUCAAGUAUUUCAUUGGCACCGAUCUACCCAAGAUAUUUGCUCUUUUUGUGCUCAAAGUGCACGACGAUAUCUUCAUUGAUAUUCUCAAUAGUCUCCCCUCCGACGGCGAGAAGAUCGAGGGUAUCGCAUUGCGCCUCCUGUCACUUGCUGGUAUGGCCUGCAAAUGGCCUACCCUUCUCAGGCGCUGCAUUUAUCACAUCUUCGAGACCCCAGGGCGAUUGGAGAAUUGUACCAAGUACGCUUCUCGAUGCCUCAACGUCAUUGCCGAGGCACUCGCUCUUGAUUCUGCCCGGAGCCUCUUCAAACUCUUCGCCCCGCAGCUUCUCUACACUUGGCUCGAGGAAGACUCCAUAGAAGACAUCCCAUAUGAGAUAUUCGGGUUCCCAGACCUGAACUCACUGCUUGAACUCGGUCAAGCAGAGGCUUCUGCACUCAUGAUCAUGCGAGGCCAAGAUGAGCAGGUCAAGUCUCUGUCGCAAAUGCUCGGUGUGGCCAAUGUUGAACUUGUCAAGAACAACUUCACGAAGAUCCUAGCCUACAGCAUUGCCCACGAUGUGGCCGUGCCCAAGGAUCAACAUAUACCGACUGGUGAGAGCCGGGUGCGAAAGCUCCUCGGUAAGGAACCUUUUCUCGAGUGUCUGUACCUCAACUUUGUCGAUAUUGUCGCGCUUUUCUUCGACCUCUUCGACCAAGAAGAUCCCAUCGAGAAGUACUUUGCCAAGGAAGCGAGCCUCCAGUAUGCGAAUGAGGUCAUGGCAGAGAUCAAGUCAUUUGGGCAUUCGGCAGUCACAUUACCUCCGAAUCAGCAGCCCAUGUUCAAAGCCAAGUUCCUAGUGAAAGAGCUUCUGCAGCUCUGCAGCCGCACCGAGUACGAAUUGGCAACACUAUGGAGUCCGGCCUUGGUAGUCUUGAUUGCUCGCAAGCUUUUCAACACCAUCCAUCCGGCCCUCGGGUCCCUGCACGCCUGCUCCGUAUUGAGGAAGGUGAGGGUGCUCAUAUGUCUUGCUGGAUCCCAAGCAACGAGUUCCUACCCAUUGGAGAUGUUGCUCCAUUCGAUUAGGCCCUUCAUUCAAGACAGUGAAUGCGCCGACGAUGCACUUGGGAUCUCACAAUAUCUCAUCUCGAGAGGAACUAGCCAUCUUGCCCAGUGUCCAUCCUUUUUCGCCGGAUAUGCAUUGUCCACUUUGGCCUCACUGCGUAUGUUCUUGGAGUCUAGUCAAUCCAGCACAACCCAGGAAAGUCAAUUCAAGGCUACUAUGACGAAGGCUCAGCUAUUCCAUGGCUGGUUUACCAAGUAUCUCAACGGCUACGACUCUCCCACGUUCAGCAACGACGGACAACGGCAAGCCUUUCGGUCUAUCAUUCGAUCCGCCUCCAACAUCAGAACGUCCGGGAACGCUGAAAAAGGCACACACGAGAGUAAUCUUUUGAUGGAGAUUCUUAAGGAUGGAGAUGGCAGCCAGAGGCUACUCAACAAUUCCGCAAAAGACCUCACCCUUGGCAUGCUCUGUGGCGAUUUCAGAACCCCCCAAUCCAGUAGAGCUGAUAUAAUUGAGACGGAUGACGAUGCGGUCACCUACAAUGCAACUGUAUGGAGAAGCUGCGGGUCUCAAUCGCUACAGAAAGACUACCUGACCUGGGCUGGACGUGUUAUCGGCAGGGCUUUCGCUGCCUCUGGCAAAGUCGAUGAGGCACUCCUUUUGGAAUCCCGUGUCUCGGGGCAUGGGCCAGCUGUUAGGAAAGACAACGGAUCAGAGCAGGGGCUCCUUGAUAUCGUCGGCGAUUUGACAACUAACAAAGACGGGUUCACUGCGGGGCUUGCCGAGUCUGCAUUGAGGACUAUCGUAACUGAAGCUGUCGCUAACAGAGUCAGCGAAGUGCUCCUUGCUUGUCAGAACAGCCUUCCGGAAGCCCUUCUUGCGUCCUCUGACUGGAGCAACUACCAAACGCCCCCCUCUGACUGUUCAGACAACAAUCUUGGUCUCGAAGUCAACGUCUUCGAAUCUUGCCGCAUCGAGUCCACUACUUGGUCACAGGAUCUUGCAGUGCAUCUAGCGAGGUGCGUUCCGGGAGAUGUGGUACUUGCAGUGCUUCCGCCGAUUCUUCAUAAUGUCAAAGGUUUUGCGGAUCAAGCUCUGCCCUUUAUCAUCCACCUGGUCCUGUUCUUCCAGCUUGACAAGCAGCAAGUUGUGAAGCGGAUGCUCUCGGAAGCCAUCAAACCAUGGCUUCAGUCAGAGGCACCGGAAGCAAGGGACAAUAUCAAGCUACUGAUCAAUGUCGUGGUGUAUCUCAGAACUCAAGCGCUGCCAAAUGAAUCGUCUAUCGCCGACCGAUCACAGUGGCUUGAUGUGGACCUUGCUCUGGCCGCUGCCGCCGCAACACGAUGUGGCAUGUUCAAGACUGGACUCAUGUUUGCGGAGAUAGCCAUGUCAGAUUCGGCCCGCACUUCGCGGAGAUCUUCUGCAGCCCGAGACCUUGAUAGCACUGAUGCGACAGAGGUCCUUCUCGACAUAUUCGAGAAUAUCGAUGACCCAGAUGCCUAUUAUGGCCUGCCCCAAGCGCCUGAUCUUUCUAACAUACUCUCCCGGCUGGAAUAUGAGAAGGACGGCAGUAAAAGCCUCGCAUUCCGUGGCGCCCAAUACGACAGCCACCUGCAACAGCGCCGUUCGGCUUCAGGUCGGGAUGCUCGAUCUCUGGUAGAAAUUCUAGGUAAUCUUGGACUGUCAGGGCUUUCACAUUCACUUUUGCAGACCCAACAAAGCCUUGAGGGGGUGUCAGACUCAUUCGACAGUACCUUCACGACAGCUCGGCGUCUCGGUAUCUGGAAUCUUCCAACACCGCCAGCUCAUGACAGUCAGGCCGUCACUCUAUACAAGGCCUACCAAGGCAUCAAUCAGGCAACUGAUGCGGCCAUGGCUCAGAAAGCCGUACAUAAUAGCCUUGGAAACAUGAUGCUCUACCUUGCAAGCCACAAUCUCAAUGUCUCGACCCUGAGAAGACAUUUGGGUGCGCUGGCAGCACUGACCGAGUUGGAUGACAUCUUAAGUGCCAACGAAAAGUCGGACUUGGAAUCGAUGUUGUCCGUGUUUGAGGACCGUUCCAAAUGGAUGCUAAGUGGGCGAUACGAAGAUGUCGGACAGAUCCUGUCAUGUCGCGAGACCUCCCUCCGGGCUCUGAGUCGGCAAGAUCAGCUCCGCGGCAAGAUGAAAAUAUCGCCCGGUGACGCUCGCUUGGUUGAGAUUCGUGGCAUGAUUUUGUCAUCCGGAAUAUAUCGCUUUCAUCAUGCAAGACAAGAAUCUCUGAACCUGGCUACGUCCCUGACAGACAUGAUUGAUCCAACCGAGGCAAUGGGCCUAAAUGUUGACGCAGCUAUCAAGAUGGAAACAGCAAACGCUCUCUGGGAUCAUGGGGAGAUGAUACCUUCCAUCCGAAUGUUGCAGAGCAUAGACAAGGAGUCUGCAUUGAAGAAGCAAGCUGUGCCAGUCAUGCGCUCUGACCUGCUCUCCAAGAUCGGGCAUCAAGUAUCCGUUGCGAAACUUGAAAGCCCAGACAGCAUUCAGAAGAAAUACUUGGAGCCAGCUCUGAAGGAGCUCAAGGGCAAGAGUGAGGGGAAGGAGGCUGGAAAGGUUUUCCAUCAAUUUGCUAUGUUCUGUGACGAGCAACUUCAGAGUCCAGACGGGCUCGAGGAUCUGGCUCGCUUGCAGAACCUGAAGAAGGGCAAAAGUGAUGAGGUUACGUCUCUGAAGAGCCUGAUUGCCAGUACCAAGGAUUCUCAGAUGAAAAACAAGUAUGCGAGCCAUCUGUCCAAAGCCAAGCAGUGGCUCGAACUCGAUCAGCAAGAGCUCCGGCGAGUAGAGCAAACUCGCACCGAAUUCGUGAGGCUCAGUCUAGAGAACUAUCUGCUUUCUCUCAUUGCGUCGGACGAAAACAACAACGAUGCCCUGCGCUUCACGGCACUUUGGCUUGAACGGUCCGAGGAUGAUGGAACCAACGAUGCGGUGAGAAAACAUCUGGACACGGUGCCGACACGUAAGUUUGCACCUCUGGUGAACCAACUUACGUCUCGAUUACAAGAGCAGAACUCGGUGUUCCAGCGACUCCUGAUCAACUUGGUCUUUCGCAUAUGCAUCGACCACCCAUAUCAUGCGAUGUACCAGAUUUGGUCCGGGGUGAAGACGCGUUACAAUAAGAACGACGACGUUGCCAUCCGAAGAUUCAAGGCCACGGAAAAGAUCUCUCAUCACCUCACCAAGGCUGCUUCAGUUGCACCCAUUUGGCAAGCCAUCGACAGGACCAGCAGAGCGUAUCACGCGCUAGCCACCGAACGAGAUCCCAACCGCUACAAAGCGGGGCAGAAGAUGGGAGUCAAGGAGUCGCAAGCAGGUGUGGCCUUGAUGCAAUGCCUUGUCAAGUACCAGAUCCCACCACCAACCUUGCAGAUAGACCUGUCGGCGGACAAGGACUAUUCCAGUGUUCCUAUGAUGACCAAGCUGGAACCGACCAUGUCCAUCGCAUCUGGUGUCAGCGCACCCAAGAUCAUCACUGCAGUGGGCAGCAACGGAGAGAGGUUCAAGCAGUUGGUCAAAGGUGGCAACGAUGAUCUCCGUCAAGACGCCAUCAUGGAACAGGUCUUCGCCGCCGUGUCCUCGCUGCUGAAGCUCCACAGAACAACUCGCCAGCGAAACCUCGGCAUUCGCACAUACAAGGUCCUCCCUUUGACAGCUGUCUCUGGGCUGAUCGAAUUCGUCCCGAACACGAUCCCGCUCCACGAAUACCUGAUGCCGGCUCACGAGAAAUACUACCCAAAGGACCUCAAGGGCUCACACUGCCGAAAGGAGAUCUCGAACGUUCAGAGCAAGACGAUUGAGACCCGGGUCAGCACCUACCGCAAAGUAACAGAGCGCUUCCAUCCGGUCAUGAGAUACUUUUUCAUGGAAUACUUCCCUGAGCCAGAUGAAUGGUUUGCCAAACGGUUGGCAUACACACGGUCAACCGCGGCCAUAUCGAUGUUGGGCCAUGUACUGGGUCUUGGCGACCGUCACGGACACAAUAUCUUGUUGGACUCAAGGACUGGUGAGGUCGUCCACAUCGACUUGGGUGUGGCCUUUGAGAUGGGCCGUGUUCUUCCGGUUCCUGAGCUGGUACCGUUCAGGAUGACGCGCGACAUUGUAGACGGCAUGGGCAUCACCAAGACGGAGGGUGUGUUCCGGCGGUGCUGCGAGUUUACCAUGGACGCCAUGAGAGAGGAGACGUACUCCAUCAUGACCAUCCUCGACGUCUUGCGCUACGAUCCGUUGUAUUCGUGGUCGAUAUCGCCAGUACGUCUCGCCAAGCUCCAGGACGCUCGGCGGAUGGACGACACGGAAACAGACGAGCAGAGCGAGAUGGAGAAUCGAAAAGUGGUGAAUGAGCCAUCCGAAGCGGACAGAGCUCUGGAGGUGGUGCGGAAGAAGUUGUCAAAGACGCUCAGCGUGACGGCCACUGUCAACGACCUCAUCAACCAGGCGACCGACGAGAGGAAUCUUGCUGUUUUGUAUUCAGGUUGGGCCGCAUAUGCCUGA